AUGACCACCACCACCACCGCCGCCGCCUCUGGACCAUGGCAUGACGCCGGCGACGGCAUCUUUGGCCCCAUGUCGCCCGACAGCUGGCCCGACGGCGACAACGACUUCCAAACCGUCCUCUCCUCGCUCGCCGGCAGCGACCGAGCCUACUCCAAGUCGCCAAACAGCUCCUUGAACUCCGGCUACUCUCCGCCGCCCCAGCACCUCACCGGCCUGCCCCUCCCCAUCACCCCGCUGGUCCAGGCCCAACCCUACGGCGUCGUCUCCAAUGUCCACCUCCAGACCAAUUUCCAGCCCAUCUCCCCGGACGUGCCCGACAGCGCCUCCAACUCGCCCGCCUCCGUGCCGGUCCACACUCCGCCUGAGAUGAAUGCCUCCAUCGACCAGAUGUUGGAGAUGAACCCCGCCCUGUGGAGCCAGAGCAGCCCGAGCAUCGACCAGAGCUGGGAAAUGGUCCCGCGCCAGUCCUCCAUCACCUCGCUCGACAGUCCAACCGCCCCCUCGCACGGCUCCUAUGACCGCGUUACCGACCUUUUCCCCAUGAUGCCGAACGAGCCCCAGAUGCCCGUUCAGCAGCAGCAGCAGCAGCAACAGCAACAGCAGGAUGCUGCGUUCGCUACCCAGCCUUUCCAUUACCCCGUCCAGCACGGUAGCAGCAUCCUGUCCAUGUCGCCUUGUCCCCGCGUUGACCCUUGCGCAGGCGCUGCUCAGCCGGAUUUCUCGCCGUCUCCUACCGCUCGAACCGGCAUGCACGUCAUGAGCAAUGCCCAGCCUGCAGCCGACCUCUCAAGGUUCCCGCCCGCCUCCCAGUUCGACCUCGACAUGGCCAAGCCCUUUCCUCAGAUGCCGCGUCAGCAGCCACAGCAGCAGCCCUGGAGCAGCGAGUCUUUGCGGAACAUGGUGAACUUGGAGGCGACGCCCGACGCCCUCGUCUUUGGGCCUGGCUAUUACCUUGCCGGAAACCCUGCUCAAAUGCCCCCGGUCACUGAGGAGCAGCUCCGACGGAGUCUCUCUGCGUCAACCUCGCACUCACUCUCCCCUGAACCGUCUCCUACCGUCCUCCCAGCCGCUUCGUUGGACAUGUCCGCCGCAUUUUCGACCGGUCAGGAGGUGUCUUUCCCCAUCCAAAACGGCACUGCCCACGGCUACGUCAACAACGACAUGAUGUCCCAACAGCCCCUUUUCGUCGAUACGUCUCCUCUUCAAGCUUUCUCAACUGCCGACCAAUACCCAUUUCCCAAUUAUGUUGCGGAUGCGAGCCUUAUUUCCCCGACCGCGGAAUCGCACCCCCGCUCUUCGAUAAGUUCCGUGAGCCUUUCCAUGGAACACAUGGCCGAGGCAUUAGUGCCUGCGAACCAAAGCUCCGGCUUUGUCAACCCGUUCGGGGGCGAGAGCCCGUCAAUGAUAUCUCCCGCACAGCACAUGCCGCAGUCGUCAGAAAGCCCUCCGGCGACGGGAUGCGGAGACUUGUCUCAACAAGCGAAUGCGGCGCAAAGGUCAGGUGGCAGGCAACUCGGCUCGCAUCUGGACCCGGACAGGAGGAGAGAUGCGAAUACGAUGCGUGAAGUGGGCGCGUGCUGGUCCUGCGCCCUCCAGAGGGAUAAGUGUGGGCCAGGCGACCCCUGCCACCGGUGCGAGAAGCGUAAGAACAAGGCCAACGGCCCUCACCCGCAGCUUGCCUGCGAUCGUACGCCGCUCUGGGAUUUGCUGGAGUUUUUCCUUCCCUCUCAAUUGACUGAUCUACACAAGCCAAAAACACUCGAGGACUUUGUAGGGAAGCACACCACUGGUUGGACUAACAUGCGCAUAAAACUCAAGCUGAUCCCGGGACGCGGUCUGCCGGCCAUGGUCUGCGAGGCUUACGAGUUCAUCCCUCAAACCCACGAGUCAGCUCGGCAAUUUCAAUAUUUCAAGGACCACAAGACCGGCUUGUCUCAACGGCGCGAAAAGCCUUCGCCGCCGCUGGGCAUGAUGCAAAUCGAGCAGGAGGAUAUCAAGCGCUACUCAAAAUAUCUCGACGAGAUCGUUGAGCACCAUUUCCACGCCUUCGCCCAGAUGUAUUGCUCCGAUGACGAGUACGACUUCCAACUCCGUCUUCUGGAUUUUAUCCGUGAUCUCAAACCGGAGUCGAAAGACGAGAAGUUACUACUCCACGAGGUCCGUCGCCUCAUUGUCGUCACUUACAUAAUGGGCCACACGCUCGUCCUCGAAGAAGCGAACCGCGCUCAAGUUCUUCCCCGCCUCCGUUUCGAUCGUCGCUCGGCGUCGGAUUAUGGUCCAUUCUGCUCACCCCGGGUGGUCAACCGGCAGCUCAAGUAUCUCUUUUGCGGACUACACAAGACGACCAUGCACGAGGUGUACAAGCGUCUGCAGCAGAUGCUCAAGAAAUCGACCCAGUGGCCGCCUGCAAAGUGGACAGCCGCCUUCUGUGCCAUGCUCGGCCUGGCCAUGGUGCAUGAGGAUACCCAGAAGACUAUUCAACUCGUCAUGGACCACAAGACGGUCUCCGAGGGCAUGGACGAACGGCACGCUCGGGAGGGCGCCCGGCGAGCCUGUGAGGCUAUCGACGUCAAGUUCUCGUUUGUCAUGGCGCUCUUCAUGCGCCGCAGCAGCAAGAGCGAGAAUCCGAUUGUACAUCGCGAUGGAGCGUACUGGGCCGGCAAACUCGAGCGUAACUGCGCCGUGUUUGCUGAGAAUGUUAGGAAGCUUGUGAGCAACAACUAUGUCUAUCUUCACCAACAAAAGCAAAUACCUUCGGAUUCGCAGGGUAACUUUACAUCCCGUCUGGUCGGUCGCUUCAUCACGGCGCUGUACGACCAGACCUAA